UGUAUCAUUAUUACACAGUAGUUAUCUCUUGUUAACCGCCUAAGUCUUAAAGCCUCCAUGUUUGGUUUCUUUUUAAAUAAUAAACCCAUUUAAGCUUAAGUGCUUAUUGCUUUCUACUUUCAACACUUGUCUCCUUAUUUAACACCCUUUACCAUCUCUCCUUUUUUCCUCAGACUUCCUUCUUCAUCCUCCCUAGAGCUCUCCAAAUGUCUCAAAUCUCCGAAACUUCUCCAAAGCAUUGCGCCAAGAAAGGAGGGAUUAACAUCAACAACCGUCGACGCAAGAAACUCUUCUUCACAUUCUCAACUUUCUUCAGCGGCCUUCUCCUCAUCAUCUUCCUCAUCUGGCUUACCCUCCAUCCCGCAAAACCCGAGUUCUCCCUCACAGAAGCCGAUAUCUACACCCUCAACCUUUCCUCCUCCGCCACUCAUCUCCUCAACUCCUCAAUCCAGCUCACUCUCCUCUCCAAGAACCCUAACAAAAAAGUUGGAAUCUACUACGACAAGCUACUCGUAUACGCAGCUUACAGAGGGCAACAAAUAACAUCAGAAGCUUCUCUACCACCUUUUUAUCAAUCCCACGAAGAAAUCAAUCUUUUGACAGCCUUUCUUCAAGGGAAUGAGCUACCCGUUGCUCAGUCUUUUGGCUACCAAAUCGUUCGUGAUCGGGCAGUCGGUAAAGUAAUCAUUGGUAUGAAGAUGGACGGGAAGCUAAGGUGGAAGAUCGGGACGUUUGUCUCUGGUGCGUACCGGUUUAAUGUGAACUGUGUUGCAAUCGUUGCUUUUGGACCGAACAUGACCACUGAUCCAUUACCUUCAAUACAAGGGACUCGUUGCUCUACCGAUAUAAUAAGAUAUACUGAAUAAUCAACAAUUGAUAUACACUAUAGUUUCUUUUGCUGUAUUUUUAAUGAUGCUUUUGUGCUGGUAAUUAGUACUACUUGUAAAGCUAUAAUUGAACUGUUUGUAUAGAACUAUAUAAAGGGCAUAUCUUUGGUUUAAAGAA